AUGGCAGAGGGCGUCAGGGUGGGCUUCAACUAUGCCAAACCCAGCUGGGCCGGCAAGCCCUGCUUUGACACCCUUUCACUGGACCUCAUCGUAGCCGGUGAGGUGAAGCGUCGCGUGGAUCUCGAUGUCCGCGAGCACGACGCCUUUCUUAUCG